UUUAAUUCCUCCAGUCAGUCUGCACCACUUACUUCAGUGGAAAGUACACAAUAUCCUGGAAACUGAAGUGAAUCACUAUUUGUCAGGAUGGCAUCAUGUUUGAUCUCUGCUCACUAGUGACAGUUUUUUAGCUUGCAUGGACAUUGCCGCAUCUCAUUUGUCACACUGCAAAUAUGUCCAGUGCAUUGAAAUGGAGACUUGACUAAUGGGUUGAGAGUAACAGGUAGGUGUGCAUGUGUGCGUGUGUGUGCAUGUGUGCGUGUGUGUGUGUUACCAGAGCUACCUGUUGAUGGAUGGGUUUCUCUAUAUAAGACGCACUGUUCCGGGCAGGGACAAGGAAACGCUCCUGGGAGCCUGAUAAGACGCUAGCAUACACCAGCACCCUUUCUCUAUCAUCCUUCUGUUUCUUCCUUUUGGCAGUCGAUCUACAGGGAGCAGAAUGAAGAGCAUCCAGUAUUUGGCUGGACUUUUACUCCUCAUCAUUGUACAAAGCAGUUGGCAAAUUCCCAUCGAUGACACAGAGGAAAAUUCCAGUGUAAUGUUAGAAGAUACGCUACUCAAUAAUCCAUCCUACAUGAAGAGGCACUCAGAAGGAACAUUCUCAAAUGAUUACAGCAAAUAUCUGGAGACCAGAAGAGCUCAGGAUUUCAUACAGUGGUUGAUGAACUCAAAGAGAAGUGGUUCCCACACAAGACGGCAUGCAGACGGCACAUACACCAGCGAUGUGAGCUCAUACAUGCAGGACCAGGCAGCCAAGGAGUUUGUGUCCUGGCUGAAAAUGGGGAGAGGGAGAAGAGAGUAGAGAAGUUCCCUUCAGCAAAAGAGAAGUUCUUUAUACCUUUUACACAGGAAAGAGACAUUCUGCAACACUCUUUUGGACCAUCCUAUUCCAUCAUACCAUAUUUUAUAAGGAACUGUGGUGUCAUUGCCUAAAACAAAAUGUGUUUGAAAUAAAUCUCUGCUGAAUCUAAGCACUGUGAUAUAAUUCUCGACUGUGUUUGGUAUGUUUUGAGAGAAUGGUAGAUUUGUGAAAUAUUCAUUUACAAUGGCACAUUAUAUCAG